CACACAGCCCACGUAUAAUCGAUUACGAAUAACAACAAUAACAACAACCGUGUGUUUGAAUAUAAAAUUGUUGUGGUUUUAUUUUUUGUUUAAUAACACAUUUUUGUUUAUCAAUAUCGGAGGUCAAAGGUCGCCGCGUCACGUGGAAUGCGCAUGUCGACCGGGCGCCUUUCAACUUUAGUUUAAUUUGCGAAAUAAAAAAAAAUAAACAAUUCACAGGCAAAAUUAGAUUGCCGAUCGUGCGAGCUGUCUGUAUUCAUCCACGGAUGCAUGUAUAGCAGCUCAAAAUCCCAGUGGAUGUUAUGAACAUAUACUCCGCCGCGCAGGCCUCGGUUGGAGCAUCCGGGCUCGCCUAGGAUGCGUGCCGGGAUCGGAGCGACUUUGCCCGCGGGGGAGAGACGGCCGACGUGGGGUAGGGGUCGGAGUCUAAAACCGGUUUCCGAGGUCGGGGCUCGCGGGGUCAGAAUCUGGGGGUAGAGAGAUCGGAUCAAAGUUGGGAUCAGGGUUAGAGCAAGGGUCAGGGUUAGAGUAAGGGUCAGGGCUAGUGUAACGGGCCAGGGUUAGAGUAAGGGUCAGGGUUAGUGUAAGGGUCAGGGUUAGUGUAAGGGUCAGGGCUAGUGUAAGGGUCAGGGCUAGAGUAAGGGUCAGGGUUAGAGUAAGGUCAGGGUUAGAGUAAGGGUCAGGGCUAGUGUAAGGGUCAGGGCUAGAGUAAGGGUCAGGGCUAGUGUAAGGGUCAGGGCUAGAGUAAGGGUCAGGGCUAGUGUAAGGGUCAGGGUUAGAGUAAGGGUCAGGGCUAGUGUAAGGGUCAGGGUUAGAGUAAGGGUCAGGGCUAGAGUAAGGGUCAGGGUUAGGGUUAGAACCAGGGUUAGGGUUGAGGUUGAUAGAGCGGCUGGUGGUGCCGGGUUGAGACCGGGGUCCCGGAGCUCCUCGGGACAAGAAUCUGGACCAGGUUAUGAGAUAUCGGUUUACGUUUGUGAUUGGAUUCCGAAGGAGAAUCAGCUCGUCGCAGGGCCUGGGUCGGCCGGGGAGUUGAGCGAGGAUCACGGGUCGAGUUCGGGACCAAGAGACGCGUGAAAGGACGGGUGAUGUGGAAAGGGCGGUGCUCGGGUUUAUAACAAUCCGGUGGCCGCGAAGCCUGUAAGUAGUAGUAACGCGUCGUCAUGGAGGACACGUCCAACGGGCCGGAGAUGCAGGUGCUGCAGGCGUUCUUCUCUCACGUCGGCGGCUUCGCGUGCGACCGUGCCAAGGACUACAUCGAGAGGGAGAAGGAGAGCAGCAGCAGAGGCGGUGGCGGUGGCGUGGCAUGGGCGUCCCUGCUGUCGGCCCUGGCGCACCUUGCGGCCACCGAGAGGGCCUACCACUCCAUGACCUUUCUGGGCCAGAAACCAGAGGGAGAUGUCCCUUUUUUGCUUCUUCGCUGGUUUGAAGGCGGACAAUCUUUCUUCUCGCGCAAGGACACUCUGCGCAGCAUGUACGGCUCCUUGUGCUCCGAGCUGCGCCGCGUCACGGGCUCGGGCGCGCAGGCAGCUGCCGGCAGUGGCGGCAGCGGCGGUGGCAAUGCGGCCGUGCACUCGGAGGAUGUCCUGGGUCACCUGGCCGAGCAGCUGGGCCACCUGGUGCAAUCGAGGCAGGAAAUGGCCGAUCUCUACGAGAAGCUGCACGGGCUGAGCCUGGGACGCAACGCCGCGCCCGACGAGCUGCUAGCCUCGCUUGGAGCCAUCACGCAGAAAUUCUCCUCCAGGGUUCACCACCCGGUGCUCAGCGCCUUGAGCAGCAGCUUCCAGCACGAGACGGAGGCGCUGGGUCACCUGCUGCGCGCCCAGCGCGACGUCUCCUCGUGGCUCUUCCUGCCGGCGCUGCUGGAGCUGCACGCGGCUCACGCCAAGCUGGGGGCGUGGGCGUCCCGCGGCUCGGAGCGAGCGCGCGACGGCGCCGCGGCGCCGCAGCGCAAGCCGCUGUUCGGCGGCGCUGCCCAGCGCGCUGCUCCCACGCCACACCUGCACCAGUGGAUGGUGAAGUACAAGACGUUCCUGCUGGCCAAGUUCAGCUUCUACUUCCACGAGGCGCUGAGCCGGCAAGCGGGCGGCGAGAUGAAGUCGCUCACGGCGAAAACAAGCCCCGACUUUUUUGGCAAAGUGUCGAGCUUCAUCAAGAAGACGGAUGCUGCCAACGUGUCUCUCAUCCUUGACACGCGUGGCCUGGAGGACAGCUUCAAGGGUCACGGCUACCACUACCCCGGGUCGUACCCGGAGGGGUUCAAGGUUCCGGCCGAGGGCUUCGUGCCGGUGCUGUCGCUGCCCAGCGAGCGCACGGCCAUGCACUGGUCGGCGCUGUCUAUGGUGCUGGCCGAGCGUGCCUCCGAGCUGGCGUGCGCGGAGCGCGUGGUGCACGACUACGACGAGAAGGCGCAGAGCACCUACUACCUGGCGCGUCCCGAGCCGCGCUUCACCAUCGCUGUCGUCUACGAGAGCCGCCGGAGCGAGAAGGACUCCGGCGUACACGCGUUCCUGCUUGAGACCGCCGCCGCGCUCAAGCACAGCAAGCCCUUCGCCAGCCUCAAGCCGGGCUCCAAGGCGUAGGUAGUCCAGCCGUGGAGGAGAGAUGGCCCCCACCCCCACCACCUCCCACCCCGAAGCUGACCUUUUAACGGAGCUCCACUUCUUUCGUAUGGCCAAUGUAGAUGCAGAGCAACGCCUACAAUUUCACGUUCAGGUGGUCAAGCCAGACAGCCGCGUCAGUAGCGGAGCUCGACUGACCGACCACCUCACCAACCUCAAGCUGCAAUUGAAGGUGUAGGCCGGCUUUGACUGAACACUCUUUGACAAGAGCUAGACUCAUCUAAGUGGCCGAGCCAGAUUCAAAGUCAUGAUCUGGCCGUGGAUUUGGGGAAAGGUGGCCCUUGCACUGGAAAAGGUGGGCCUGCCCCGACUAAGUUGUUUGACCAAGACCAACAUUGAUAGCCAAGCAGGGUGAAGACUGGGUGGUUGGUGCCUUCAAGGGUAGCUCCCUUGAAAGACUGUGUCCAUGUAAGGGUUCAUAAUCAUCAUUUUCAUUCUUCUCAGCCAUGGUUUAACCUCUACUGGAUGAAGACCUCCCCACGUCAGUGCCAUGCGAGAUAGUUAUGUCAUGUUCCAAUCCAGCUCGCUCCCAUACAUCGAUGAAGUUGUUUGAGUAAUCUUGAUUUGUUUGAGUAACCUGACUUGCACGGGUGCCCUUAAACAGUUAAGUUCCUCAUCUAUUCUGGGUUCUUGAGCUUAUAAGUCACAGCUUGGUAGUGGCCACUUGAAGAAGCUUGCACAAAUAAAAAAACUUGCCGAAAACAAUGUGAAUGUGCCACAGAGGGAUGAAGCGUGCAAUGAAAAGUGCCAUACAACUGUAAAUUGAUGUGGUUUAUGGUCUCCAAGCGGUGAUCUGCAAAGUUAUUGUUCGGUGUAUGUUGAGCUUCUCUUGCACCAUAGCCAACCGUGUUGAUCGAAGGUGCGGGGAAGGACAACAAGAUAAGACAACCAAAGUAAGAGCCAAUGUCAGUCUAGAGCUCAGACCAAUCUGGCAACUCAUGCCUUGUGCCAUUCUCAUCAGACCAGCUGAUUUGAUUACUUCCGAGAGGAAAGCAGAGCAUGCUGUCCAGCCUUAAGGGCAAUCAUAUGGUGAAGCAACUAUAGCAAAGUGUGCGUGCAUGCAAGGUGCCAGUGUGUUUAGUCGGAUGCAGUUUGAUUGAGCAGCCCUAAAUAUUGUUGGCUAUUAAAGCAAAUCCAGGAUUUGUAAAGACCGUCAGAAGUUCAAACGUAUGUGUGAAAGCUAUAUGCAAAAAGUGGUGCUUAAUAAAAUAUCGGUGGCGUUUCUUGCACUCGAGAAUACAGCAUAUCAUUCAUGUCUAUGCAGUUCCUUUUAAGGUGCACGCAAGUAUACGUGGUCAACCGAUUUUGUAUAAUGUAGAUAUUACAAAACAAUGGAUUUUGUGAGGAUUUGGCAGUACCCACAGAUUUUGCCAACAAGUAUAUUCAACCAAGCCAAGUAUAUUCAACCAGUUUGCUCAGGAUGGCCAAUCAUUCCCUGCUAUCCCUAUUGCAGUGGACAGUUCAACUGAGAUAAUGUAGCAAGACAAACAAUGCUUAUACACAUAUACAGACCUUCCCUUUUAUAUGCCUGAAUGCUUUAAAGCAAACAGUAGUCGAGCAGAACCAGCCUAUCCACUGUAAGGUUAGGUUUCACUUGACCUGCCCAGCAUGCUCGACUGACCAUCGGUGUUUGCAGACGAAACUUAUCCACACAUUUUCAUGCUGUUGAGAUGGAGAGGUGGCAAGGAUCUGUGGGUGCUGCCAAGGUCGUACAAAAAUCAUUUUUUUGCAGAGGAAUUACAUUAUUUUUUUGGCCUGGUAGCAACCAGCGGUUGCCAGAUAUUUGGGAAAACAGCAGAAAGUACCAUCCUGUUGAAGGCUACAUCUGCAGAAGCCAAGCAUUGUAUCGAUGCUUCAGUGCCAGAUUAAGGUGUGCGAUGUUAACCAGACAGCCAUCUCGUGGCUGGUGCUUGGGGGGGGGCGGGGGUUGCGACAGGGGGUCAGGACCCUUCUCUCCAUUUGAGCAGGCUGAUGCUAGAGCCAUUCUCUUCUGGUCAAUCAAAUGUCUGGGGGCAAGACCCAGAAUAUUCUGGGUACGAGGAGGAAUAUUGUGAACUUCCCAAGGAAUGAAGCACCACAUGUUGGUAUAUGAGAUCCAGUGCUUUGCAUAAGGGCAGGCCCAUCCAAUUGUGAAGAUGAAGAAAGGAAGCUCACAACUAGCAAAAAAAUUGUCUCAAGCCAGGCUCUGCACUGCUGUGCAGAUAAAAAGUGAGUUUGGUUGAGCCCUGCCCACUCUUGUAGGCACUGAAGGACGAUGGUGGUCUUGUAAAAGAGUUUUCUCAUUGCAUUGUUGCACACUUUUAAUUGUAUGCUGAAAUACAAAUAUUGAAGUUUGA